AUGUAUUUUAAUUGUGACGAAUCUUAUCAUAAGUGUGUUCAUGACAGCAAAGAAACUGUACCAUCCGUCGAGGUGGAGAAUGACCGUGGCGAGAGGUGCCGUGUGAUGAAUCUGUCGGCGUUUGCGGGCCCCACCACCUCUGGGCGGCGGGCGGUGAAUCACCAAUUUGCGCUUUACGCUUUCCGUGAGUACGUGCCCAUUAACGUCCGCACACGGUGCCGCUUCUCCCACAGCGUGGAAGAUGCUCUCCGCGCACACAGUAUGCUUUUCGGCUGCUGGUGGACUGUUUGGGGGGCGCCAGAUGACUUCAAGGCUGUCGGUGCCGACGUGCUGCAGGGCCCGCUGGGCGUUUGGGUGUUUGAUGAGUGGGGCUCACCGCUGUUUCUCGUGAGCGCGCUGGCCUGCGAGGACGCAGUGGCCGCCGUCGCACAUGCCCACCCUGGCGACAUUGUUCGGCGUACAAAGACCUCGUUAUAG